GCUUUGUUGAAAAUCUUUAGAAAGCAAAAUUAAGGUGUUGAGAGAGUGACAAAUUGAGAAAUCAAAUAUGUCCCCAUCACUUUAUAACCCUACCUUCAAAAAUGAAUUAGUAGAAUAUAACAACAUCAAUGAUCAAAAUGAAAAUCCAUUAAUGGGUUCUUGUUAUGCUUUAUAUCCCAAUUUUCCCAUUUUGGAAAACAUUGCUAAUUCAACAUGGAUUCUUCCAUUUCCAUUUUCUUCUUCUGAUCAUGAAACUGAAACCAUUCAUAAUAGGGAUCACAAGAAAUUGAAGAGAACCAUAACAACUACUACUACUACUAAUUUCCAUAACAGUAGUGUGAAUAGCAUUCCAAGGCUUCAUUUCAGAGAUCAUAUAAGAACUUAUAAACAAAGAUAUUUUGCUGCUGAAGCUGUUGAAGAAGCAGCACAAGAACACUUGAAGUUCAUCGAUAAUAAUCCCGAUGAUUUCGAAGAAGAUGGUGGUUGUGCUGAUGGAAUGAGACUAGUUCAACUUCUAAUUGCUUGUGCUGAAGCUGUAGCAUGUCGUGACAAAUCACAUGCUUCAAUCUUAUUAUCUGAGCUUAAAUCAAAUGCUUUGGUUUUUGGAUCAUCGUUCCAAAGAGUUGCAUCUUGUUUUGUUCAAGGGUUAACAGAGAGAUUAACAAUGAUUCAACCAAUUGGGUCAGUUACAAAAUCCAUGAUGAACAUAAUGGAUGCAGCAUCAGAAGAAAUGGAAGAAGCAUUCAAAUUGGUUUAUGAGAUUUGUCCACAUAUUCAAUUUGGACACUUUGUUGCUAAUUCCAUAAUAUUGGAAGCCUUUGAGGGUGAGAGUUUUGUUCAUGUUGUCGAUCUCGGUAUGAGCCUUGGUCUACCACAUGGACACCAAUGGCGAGGUCUAAUUCGAAGCCUUGCGAGUCGUAGCAGCCAACGUGUUCGGCGACUUAGGAUCACAGGGGUUGGCCUAUGCAUUGCUAGAAUCCAAGUCAUUGGUGAAGAACUCUCAGUUUAUGCAAACAAUUUGGGGAUUCAUUUGGAGUUUUCAAUUGUUGACAAGAAUCUGGAAAAUUUGAAACCUGAAGAUAUUAAAGUGAAUGAAAAAGAGGUUCUUGUUGUUAACAGCAUUCUUCAGCUUCAUUGCGUUGUUAAGGAAAGUCGCGGCGCGUUGAAUUCUGUUUUACAAAUGAUUCAUGGUCUUUCACCUAAAGUUUUGGUUAUGGUUGAACAAGAUUCUGGUCACAAUGGACCUUUUUUUCUUGGAAGGUUUAUGGAAUCAUUGCAUUAUUAUUCUGCUAUUUUUGACUCAUUGGAUGCUAUGUUACCAAAGUAUGAUACCAAGAGGGCAAAAAUGGAGCAGUUUUAUUUUGCUGAGGAGAUAAAGAACAUUGUGAGCUGUGAAGGACCAUUGAGGAUGGAGAGGCAUGAGAAAGUUGAUCAGUGGCGUAGGAGAAUGAGUAGAGCUGGAUUUCAAGGUGUGCCUAUUAAGAUGAUGAGUCAAGGUAAAGAAUGGCUUGUGAAGAAUAAGGUUUGUGAUGGAUAUACUGUUGUAGAAGAGAAAGGGUGUUUGGUUCUUGGAUGGAAAUCUAAGCCUAUUGUUGCAGCUUCUUGCUGGAAAUGCUGAUAUUGAUGAAUGAAUCUCUUGAAUGUCUUGUGUGCUUGAAUAAUGUGUGUUUUGUGUGUAUGUUGUGUGAAUUAAGACCCCAAAUUAGUGAUUUGGAUAUUUGGGGCGAGAAUAAAACUUUUCCUGUAAUUUUAUAUUAUGGAUGGCUGCUCGAGAUACAGCAGAAAUAAAGUGAUGAUUUCUUGCUUGGUG